AAUCUGCUCCCAAAAAUAUGUUUUAUUUUUAUCCGCCAGCGCACCAUCGUGCCACGAUGCGACCCCAUCGUGCCACGAUUUUUCCAGUGCCUUGCCCAAAAAACUAAAACCUCCAUCGUGCCGCGAAGCCCAGCCGUCGUGCCACGAUUGUGCAGAAACCUGAUUUUAAGUUAACUCUCACACUUUUUACCUUAAAUUUAAUGUCGUUUGGCACAAACAAAACCGUGGCAGUGGCUGCAUUAGGAAACCAAACAGAUCAUUUGGCAUUGCACAAAUUUAAAGAAUCAAUAUCGAGUGACCCAAAUAAAGCUCUUGAAUCUUGGAAUUCUUCCAUCCACUUCUGCAAGUGGCAUGGAAUCACAUGCAAACCCAUGCAUGAAAGAGUUACAAAGUUGAACUUAGAAGGAUAUCAUUUACAUGGAUCUUUAUCACCCCAUGUUGGCAAUCUCACUUUUCUCACAAAUCUAAACAUUGGAAACAAUGACUUCCUUGGAGAAAUCCCAGAAGAGUUGGGUCGGUUGCUACAAUUGCAACAACUUGAUCUCAUCAAUAACUCGUUCGCAGGAGAAAUUCCUUCAAACUUGACAUAUUGCUCCAAUCUCAAAGGCUUAAAUGUGGGAGGGAACAAUGUGAUUGGCAAAAUACCAAUUGAAAUUGGCUCUUUGAAAAAGCUUCAACUAAUAAAUGUUUGGGGAAACAAUUUAACUGGUGGAUUUCCUUCAUUCAUAGGGAAUCUUUCAUCCUUAAUAGGGAUUGCGGUUACAUAUAACAACUUAAAGGGAGAGAUUCCACAAGAAAUAUGUAAUCUCAAAAACAUUAGAAGGUUACAUGUGGGUGAGAACAAUUUGUCUGGUAUGUUUCCUUCUUGUCUUUAUAAUAUCUCAUCACUAACUCAACUCUCACUAACCGAAAAUAAAUUUAUUGGCUCUCUUCCAUCCAACUUGUUCAACACUCUCCCCAAUCUCAACAUGUUCCAAAUUGGAAAAAAUCAGUUCUUUGGUUCAAUGCCUAUUUCCAUUGUAAAUGCUUCUUCCCUACAAUUACUUGACUUAGCUCAAAACUAUUUGGUGGGGCAAGUUCCAAGUCUAGAGAAGUUACAAGAUCUUUACUGGCUAAAUUUGGAAGACAACUAUUUCGGUAACAAUUCAACUAUCGAUUUAGAGUUUUUAAAGUAUUUGACAAAUUGUAGUAAACUAGAAGUGGUUUCUAUAUGUAAUAAUAAGUUUGGAGGUAGUUUGCCAAAUUCCAUUGGCAGUUUAUCCACCCAACUUACAGAACUAUGUCUUGGUGGAAAUUUGAUAUCAGGAAAAAUUCCCGUGGAAAUAGGAAAUCUAGUUGAGUUAAUACUCUUGGCCAUCGAUUUUAACCACUUUGAAGGAAUAAUUCCAACUUCUUUUGGGAAGUUCCAAAAGAUGCAAUAUUUAGCUUUGAGUGGAAACAAGUUGUCAGGAUAUAUACCACCCUUCAUAGGCAAUCUCAGUCAAUUGUUUAAAUUGGAUUUAUAUCGUAAUAUGUUCCAAGGAAAUAUUCCUCCAAGCAUAGAAAAUUGUCAAAAGUUACAAUACCUAGAUCUUUCUCAUAAUAAGCUUAGUGGAACCAUACCUUCAGAGAUUUUUCAUAUUUUUUCUUUAUCAAACUUAUUGAACUUAUCACAUAACUUUUUGAGUGGUAGCUUACCAAGAGAAGUGGGUUUACUAAAAAAUAUUGAUUGGCUAGAUGUCUCUGAGAAUCAUCUAUCUGGUGAUAUUCCUACAACAAUUGGUGAUUGCACAGCCUUAGAAUACCUUCACCUGCAAGGGAACUCCUUCAAUGGAACAAUACCAUCCUCUUUGGCUUCUCUCGAAGGUCUUCAACAUUUAGACCUUUCAAGAAAUCGAUUGUCUGGGUCAAUUCCUGAUGUUAUGCAAAAUAUCUCUGUUUUAGAAUAUUUGAAUGUUUCUUUUAACAUGUUGGAAGGUGAGGUACCAAAAAAUGGUGUAUUUGGAAAUGUAACCAAAGUAGAAUUGAUUGGAAACAAUAAGCUUUGUGGAGGUAUUUUGCUGCUGCAUUUACCACCAUGCCCUAUCAAGGGUAGGAAAGACACAAAACACCAUAAAUUCAUGUUGGUCGCAGUGAUAGUUAGUGUUGUUUUUUUUCUUCUCAUACUUUCAUUUAUUAUAACUAUCUAUUGGGUAAGAAAAAGAAAUAACAAAAGAUCUAUCGAUUCACCUACAAUUGAUCAACUAGCUACAGUUUCAUACCAAGACUUACAUCAUGGAACAAACGGUUUCUCAAGUAGAAACUUGAUCGGAUCAGGAAGUUUUGGUUCAGUGUACAAAGGAAAUCUUGUGUCCGAAAAUAAUGCUGUUGCCGUAAAAGUCCUAAACCUUCAAAAGAAGGGAGCUCACAAGAGUUUCAUUGUUGAAUGUAAUGUACUCAAGAACAUUAGACACCGAAAUUUAGUUAAGAUUUUAACGUGUUGUUCUAGUAUAGAUUACAAAGUUCAGGAGUUUAAAGCUCUAGUUUUUUAUUACAUAAAAAAUGGAAGCUUAGAACAAUGGUUGCAUCCUGAGUUUUUAAAUGAAGAGCAUCCAAAAACGUUAGACCUUGGCCACAGAUUAAACAUCAUUAUCGAUGUUGCUUCAACAUUACAUUAUCUUCACCAAGAAUGUGAGCAAUUAGUCAUUCACUGUGAUCUCAAGCCAAGCAAUGUCCUUCUUGAUGAUGACAUGGUUGCUCAUGUGACUGAUUUUGGCAUAGCAAAACUUGUCUCAGCCACUAGUGGCAAUACUAGUACAAUUGGAAUAAAAGGAACUGUUGGCUAUGCUCCUCCAGAGUAUGGAAUGGGUUCUGAAGUGUCCACAUAUGGUGAUAUGUAUAGCUUUGGAAUCCUUAUGCUGGAAAUGCUUACUGGUAGAAGACCCACUGAUGAAGUUUUUGAAGAUGGUCAAAAUCUGCAUAACUUUGUUGCAAUAUCGUUUCCUGAUAAUCUUAUAAAUAUCUUGGACCCGCAUCUUCUAUCAAGAGAUGCAGUAGAAGAUGGAAACAAUGAGAAUCUUAUUCCAACUGUAAAAGAGUGUUUAGUUUCACUUUUUAGGAUUGGACUUAUUUGUACAAUUGAAUCACCAAAAGAAAGAAUGAAUACUGUGGAUGUCACUAGAGAGCUCAACAUAAUCAGAAAGGCCUUUCUUGCUGGUUUUCGCACUCAUAAUUAGUAAUUAAAGCUAACAAGCUGGAUGAUGCAGUUGGAAGCAGAUGUGGAGAUUCUUAGUUUACUACUUUGUUAUUCAUUCACUGAAUUCGGUUAGCAACAUUUGAUUAUGUUAUAUGUAGAC